AAAUAUAACCUAAAAAAUAAUUCGUAACGUAACAUCAACUGAAUUUUAUAAAAUAAACAUUACCUGUUGUAUUCAGGAAUUAUAUACAAGAAUGUUAUUACUACGAAAUUUAUAUCCUACUUUAGCUAAACUGAACUGCAAUGUAGCUUUAUUACCAUUAAUUGCCAGUGGUAACUCCGCAAGUUUACACAGCACAGCAAUAAGUUGUGCUGUUGUUAAGAAAACUACUGCAGCGGCUGGAGGUGUACUUGGUCUUGGCAAGGGUAAAAAGAAGGUUGGAAAAGUUGGUGCCGUAGAGAAAAAAGAACUACCAGUGGAAACAGACCCUGAGAAGUUGGUGAGCCAGGUGUGCGGCUCCAACAUCUACAUCACUGGGGAAGAUGUUAAAUUGAAAGAUGACAGUGAGUAUCCGGAGUGGCUGUGGACACUGGAUUGGGCUCCUAAGAAGCUUGACGAGCUGGACCCUAACACCAAGGAGUACUGGAAGAGGGUGCGAGCUGCCGGCAUGCGGAGGAACAAUAGAUUGAAGUCUAUGAAGAAAUUCUAAGUCAUAGUUUUAAUAUGUACUAAUUGCCAUUUUACUCUGAAACCAACUGACGCAAUCCAAUUAAUUGUUGUUUCUAUUGUCAAAAGACUUGUUUUGAAACACAUUGGCAUCUAACUGAAGACAAUUUUUUUUUUUAAUAUAAGUACUACAGCAGUGGUAUUUUAUGGUGGGAAUUGCAAGACAGGAAAUACAUAGAUUUAUCAUCAUAUAUAUUUGUAUACAUGUGCUACUCCGCAGGGACGAAGUCGCGGCCAAAAACUAGUUGUAAAUAAAUUGUAUAAAAUGGCAUUUGGUGUAAAAUAUUUUAUAUGUAAAUAGAU